AUGUACGCCUCUUCCGUCCGAAGGUCUGCCAACUUCACCUUGGCCAAUGGUGCCCAGAUUCCCAAAUUGGGCUUUGGCACCUGGAAGAUGUCCAAGGAGCAGGCCACCCCGGCUGUCGCUCACGCCAUAAAGACUGGCUACCGUCACAUUGACUGCGCUUGGGCUUACCGAAACGAGGAUGCUGUCGCCGCCGGUAUCAAGAAGGCUGGUGUUCCUCGAUCUCAGUUGUGGCUCACCAGCAAGCUCUGGAACAGCUUUCACCAUCCAGAGCACGUUGAAAAGGCACUCGACGCUUCCCUCAAGGAUCUCGGCACAGACUACCUCGACUUGUACCUCAUGCACUGGCCUGUAGCCUUCCUCAACUCCAAGGGCUCUAUGGUUCCCUCCAUUCGCAGCACCGGUGGUCACCCCGUCGAGAGCGAAGACCUCUCUCGUGACUUUAUGGCCACCUACCGCGUCAUGGAGGAAAUGGUCAAGAAGGGCAAGGUUCGCAACAUUGGUGUCAGCAACUUCAACAUCCGUCGUACCAGCGAGGUGGUUGACGAGGCUUCCAUCAAGCCCGUCGUCAACCAGGUCGAGGUCAACCUCGGUGUCCACAACGAGGAGCUUCGCAACUAUGCGCACGCCCACGGUGUCACCCUGCAGGCUUACUCGCCCUUUGGCUCGAACCAGAACGUUGCCAAGUCGCUUGAGGACCCCGUCGUCGUCGACGUAGCUCAAAGGAACAAUAUCACGCCUGCUCAGGUGCUGCUCGCCUGGACUCUCGGUAGGGACAUCAUCCCCAUCAGCAAGAGCGUUACCCCCGAGCGCAUCGAGGAGAACUUCCGCGUGCUCGACAUCCAGCUUGCCGAGGAAGAGAUCAAGCACCUCACCAACGAGGCGCUCAGCCGUCCUAUCGAGAGGACUGUUGAUCCCACCGAAGGUUGGGGCGUUGCCGACGAAAUCUUUGAGGAUGGUGUCGACCAGACGCGAGAAAUGGAGCUCAAGGGCGGCUCGUACGUGCCACCUCCCGCCCACGAGUCGCCUGCCGAGCACCGUCUCGAGCCACGUAACGACCCCGAGACGCCCGCUCGCAUGUUGCACACGGCCGCGCACCCUCUUGCCUCGUCGUCGCGCUCCACGCUCGUCAGCCGCCGACGCACAGCGGUGCAGGCCAAGUCGUCGUCGUCGUUCUUCCGAGGCUUUGCCACCACGAGCCGAGUCGCCGCUGUCGCCGAAGUCGCUCCGCCGAGCGCAUCCGAGGCACCUGCGGUCAGCGAGAGUGCACUGCUGCGCACCACAUCCAAGUCGGCGCUCGCCACGCCAGGACUCAAAUUCUUGGACGGAGAACAGAGAAUCGAGAGAGAAACCAAAAAGAUGAAUAUGUACACGGUGCGUAGAAUGUCCACUUCGACCACGACCCAAGCUUCCGUUCGCGCAUCUGCGCGCGUGACAGCCACCUCGUCGGCAGUCAAGCCGACGACGCGAAAGUACCCAGCGAAAAAGUCAUUUCUGUACGAAAAGUACCUGCGCCUGCUCAGCGAUAGCCAGAUGGUGCUUGUGCUGCAGCACAACAAUCUGUCAGUUGCCGAGCUCGCGCAAGUGCGUUCGGAUAUUGCAGCUAUCAACCUGGCCGAGGGCCAGACGUCGAAAGCUUCGCUCACUGUUGUGCGCGCCGGUCUGAUCAAGGCGGUCACGCGGCAGCUGUCGGAGAAGAACGCGGCGAUGAAGUCGUUGCAGCCUGCGUUGAGCGGGCCGAUCGCUUUGCUGACAUGCGAACAUCUUACCCCUGCGUAUCUCAGUGCGCUGCUUAAUGUGGUAGACCGGGCGCUGGGCCAUGUACCUCCUCGAGCACCCGCUGUGGGAGCCAAGUUCCCCGAGACCGCGGUAGCCAACCCGAGGUUGGUGCCGCUUGCCGCGGUGCUCGAGGGUAAGAGGUUGCUGCACGUGCCUCAGACGCGAGAUGUGGGCAGGAUCGGCGGUCUGGACCAGCUUAGGUCGCAGAUCGUUGGCCUGCUCAGCGCGCCCGCGCAACAGUUGGCGCAUGUGCUCACUCACGCUAGCGGCCAGCAGCUUGCGAUGACGCUCGAAGCUCGAAAGCGCGAUCUGGAAGCCAAGCAGUAG